UAAAGAAUCUUGCUGGUAGAGUCAUGACACUGUCUACAGUCACAGUUGCCAAUACCUGGUUGAAGUCUAGACACAUCGGUGUUCCUAAGGACUGGCUGGAAGCUUGCGUAGACUGGAUUACAGAGGAGAAUCAGGGAGUUCAACUUUCUCAGACACAGCUGAAUGGAUUAAUAUUUGAGCAGUGGCUUCUGGCAGACCUCCAUGAGAUUGGUUCGAACUGCUUGCCUGAAAAGAUUAAAUCUACCACCAGAUUCCAACUUAAUGGAACUUUUGCCUUACAAGUUGACUCCAUGGUUGAUGUGGGUAAGCCUUACUAUGGACAGCUACAGAGGGUGCAGGGAGCAGACAAUGUAAAUGUGGAAGUAACAGCGGAACCUACACCACCGUGGGAGCCAAAGCCAACUCGCAUGAUGAUGCUGAACUUGACAGAUGGUAGUAUUUCUUUACAAGGGAUGGAAUACAAACAAAUUGUAUGUCUGAACAGUCAACUAAAACCAGGCUGUAAGAUCCUUGUUAAGGGCAAUGUUCCUUGUCGCCGUGGCAUACUCAUGUUGACUGCAGACAAUGUAACGGUGCUGGGAGGUGAAGUGGACACACUGAUAGAAACCAACACACCAGAAAAUUCCCUGAAACUAGCAAUGGAACAAAGUUUACAGCAUUCCGGGAAGGAGUAUCACCAGGAUUUCUCAAAUGAUGUCAUGAUCAAAGCAAAGAGCAAAAAAAUCAAAAUGGAGUUGCCAUCAGAAGCACAGCAGCUUUUAACAAAGGGCAGGACACAAGCAGCUGAACCUGUGAAAGCUAAUGCAUACAAUACAGUGCCCCAUAAGCAAGAAGUUUUGAAAGUGGCAGACGAAUGGGGAGAUGAUAUUGGAUUAGAUGAUUGGCUGGAGGAUGACUUUGAGAUGGAGACUGUCCCUCCUCAAAUGACCACUGCGACAUUAGUUAACCCUCAAAGCUCUGGACAGUGCAAGACUAAGGCACUAAAGCAACACUCACUCGGAAUGAAUUCAUCUGUACCUCAGAUGUCAGUAAAUCAUAAGGUCAUCUCAUCUCUGCCUGUUUCUGACUCUUCUGGUACAGGUAGAGCAAACUCGGGAUAUAGAAAUGAAAGUUUUCAGGAUGCUAAGGAAAUAGAAAGUGAUUCUCAGGCAGUUAAAAAAACAAAUUCAAAAACAAAGGUUUGUGAUGUCACCAAGAACGAUGCUAAAUAUGAUGCUUUUCCGGGAAAUCAAACCUCUACGGCAAUACCUAUAAACAGUGAGCCACAGAAAACUAAUUAUUCAGAACUUGCUUCAGAUAUUGAUGUAUCUGUAAUUGACGAGAACCUUUUUGAUGACAUGGAUGAUUUUGAAAUGUCAGCUUGUGGUGAAGAUAGUACUAUCCCUCCAGAAAAACAUGGAGGGUUGCAGGAAGUGAAUACAUUUAUCUCGGGAGAAAAGAAUCAACCACUACUUCCAGUUCUGAGGAAAAAAAUGUUCAACAGUUCCAGAAGUCCAGAGAAUAUCAAGAAAGAAAUCACAACUUCACAACCAACAACUAAUCAAUAUCAAAAAGCACAAAAUAAUUCUACAAGCCAGUCAAAAAUUGUAACACCACAGAGAGAGGAAGAAAAGGCUACAAAACCACCAAUUUCUAUCGCUAUUACGAGUCCCCUCAGGAUUACAAACCAGCAAACAAGAAUUGAUGAACUCCCCGUGGAUGCGGAACCCUUCACCUAUCUGAGUUUUGUAAAGAAGCAGAUGCCCGUUAAUCAGCCAGUCAGAUUCAAAGUUAAAGCAUAUGUUUCGACACUGACAGACAAGCUUAGCAGACCAGCAGGAAUUAGAUGGAUUCUUCCCUGUAAAAUAAAUGAUGGCUCUGCAGUAAUGGAUGUGAAUCUCUCUGAUAAGGUUCUCACAGAUCUCAUAGGAUUUUCGGCUCCAGAGACUAUGGAGAUGAAACGUAUGAAACCAGAUAGUUUUCUCAUGAAAAGGCUCAAUAAGGGAAUCCAAAACUGCCAGCAGUCCAUUAUCAAUCUUCUCUGUGUGAUGGAGAUAAUGAUAGCCCCUGGUGAAACAAAACCGGAGAUUUUGUCCCUGAGAGAUUUAAAUGAAGAGGACAUUGUGACACUUCAGACCAGAGUUUCAAAUGUAUUAUGUAAAACGGACAUCUCAUUAGAAUGUGAAUAAAAUAAAUGGAUUAUGUAAAAUGGACAUCUGAUUAGAAUGUGAAUAGAAUAAAUGUUUUAUGUAAAACAGACAUCUGAUUAGAAUGUGAAUAAAAUAAAUGCUUUUAUUCAUGCAUUUA